CUCUGGAAAAUGAAGCUUUGGAACAAAACAUAAAGCUGUUACUGUGGAAGACUUCAGUAUGCAUGGUGUGUUUUAUACACAGCAAUUUGUUUGUUGUGAUUGCUUGAAAUUAUAGUGACUCUAGAUUGUGGAUAAAUUCUACCAGCCCUGUUAGCAGGUUAGAGUCAAACAACAAAAGCCUGUCCUUCUAAAUGCAGAGAAAAACUUUUUAUCAAAAGCUACACGUGAACUGAUUACUGGUUGAUAAUGUUUCGAAGAUCACAGAGACAGAAGGUAGGGCACACAGGGGAACAGACUACAGGGAUAUGACAGAGAAACUGAGUCUGUGCGUUACAAAUAGGAGAACAGAGCAUGCUGUGGGGAGCACAGAGAGAGACUGGAGUUACUCUGCCAGGAAGAUGAGACAUUUAUUUUUGUCCAGUGUGCUCCUAGACAUUCCUGACAUAGUUUCGUGUCCCUGCAUGAGGCAGCCAGUGUGUAUAAGGACAAGAUGAAAACCGUUUCAGCAUCUCUGGAAUCCAAAGUGAAAGAUUUAAAAUAUGCACAUCAUAAAUGUAGUAGUAAGUAAAGUGACCGAUGGUAAUUUGGAGUUCAAGAAUAAAGUAACAGAAGCAGAGAUGCUGAAAAAGGCAACACAACAUUUUGAAUCUAUUGCAAAAGAAGUUAUGGACACUCAGAAGACAUGUGACAGUAACUUGGAGCUCAGACAAGAGUCUGCUGCUGUUCUAACAGUACCGGAAAUGUUUGAGGAUGUUGCAAUUUCUUUCUCCGAAGAGGAGUGGAAAAUGUUAAGUAAACAAGACAAGGAGCUUCACAGGGAAGUGAUGGUACAGAACUAUGAAACCUUGAUUUCAUUAGGAUACAAGAUUCCCCGAAGGAAGUUAUUAUUGCUGCUCAAAACAGACGAUGAACUGCCAAAGGUUGUUUUAAACAGAAGAAGUAUUACAGAACAGAAGGAUGAUUUUGAAAAUAACCUCCACGGUAUUAGACAUACAGCAUGCAGUCUGACCUGUAGGCAGCUGUCAUCAUAUGAGCCACCCCAUUACCCAACACAGAGCCUGCAGGAGUGUGCUCAGCAUGGAAAGGUCUGUGACAAGUUUCAUUUCACUACUGUACCACGGUUUCAUUUGGGAUGUAGCAUCAAGAACCCUGAAUGCGAAAAGGUAAAACCUCAAUUACAUCUCCUGACAGAUAACCUGCAGGAGUGUGGUCAGCCUGGGAAGGAAUAUGAUGAGCUUUAUCUCACUCCUGUACCACAGCUUAACUCAAGAAAUAAUUGCAGCAAGAACUCUGAAUGUGACUCAAGUCUGAGAUCUCGCAAAAAGAAGAAACCAUAUAAAUGUACUGAAUGCAGUAAGUCAUUUAUGUAUGCCAAAAGUAUCCAAAAGCACCAAGCGAUUCAUAAAGAAAAGAAGGCAUAUAACUGUGCUAUUUCCAGUAAGUCCUUCACAUAUCCAAACCAUCUUUCAAGUAACACAGGAAUUAAACCAUAUAAAUGUUCUGAAUGUGACAAGUGUUUUAGACGAAAACAGCAUUUAACAUACCAUCAGUACACACACAAAGGAAUUAAACCAUAUAAAUGUGCUGAAUGUAAUAAGUGUUUUACACAAAAGCAACAUCUAAUAAACCAUCAGUACUCUCACACAGGGAUUAAACCAUAUAAAUGUACUGAAUGUGAUAAGUCUUUUACGGAAAAGCAACGACUAAAGGUCCAUCAGGACUCUCACAGAGGGAUUAAACCAUAUAAAUGUGUUGAAUGUGGUCAAGGUUUUACACAAAAGACACACCUAAGACAACAUCAGCACUUGCACACCGGGAUUAAACCAUAUAAAUGUGAUGAAUGUGAUAAGUGUUUUACACGAAAGGAACAUCUAAAAUGCCACCAGAAUACUCACAUGGGGAGUAAACCUUAUGUGUGUGCUGAAUGCAGUGAGUCCUUUACAUCUUUCCACAAUCUUCAAAGUCAUCUUGCCUUUCACACAAAGGUUGAAACCUAUAAAUGUGCUGAGUGCAACAAGUGUUUCAGACAUUCUAGUAGUCUUCAACGGCAUAAUGCUGUUCAUACAGCAGUGAAACCAUAUAAAUGUACAGAGUGUGAUAAGCAUUUUGCACAAAAGAAUAGCUUAAUAAGUCACCAGUACUCUCACACAGGGAUUAAGCCAUACAAAUGUACGGAAUGUGAGAAGUGUUUUACAGAAAAGGCACAAUUAAAAUACCACCUCAACUGUCAUACAGGGAAGAAACCUUAUAAGUGUACAGAAUGCACUAAGUCCUUCACAAGUCCCAGCAGCCUUCGACGUCAUCUUGCUUCUCAUACAGAGGUCAAACCAUAUAAAUGUACUGAAUGUGGUGAGAGUUUCAACCGUUUCCACAUUUUCCGUCAGCAUUGUGCUGUUCAUACAGCAGUGAAAUCAUUUAAAUGCACCGAAUGUGGCAAGUGUUUUAGACAUAAGUACCUCUUAAAGUAUCAUCAGUAUUCCCACACAGGGAUUAAACCAUAUAAAUGUACUGAAUGUGAUAAGUCUUUUAUGCAAAAGCACCGACUAAAGGUCCAUCAGGACUCUCACAUAGGGAUUAAACCUUAUAAAUGUUCUGAAUGUGGCAAGUGUUUUACACAGAGGGAAACAUUAAAAUACCACCAGAAUACUCACACAGGGAAAAAACCUUUUAAAUGUACUGCAUGCAGUAAGUCAUUCACAUAUCCUGGUAGUCUUGGAAGUCAUCUUGCUUCUCACAGCGACAUCAAACCAUAUAAAUGUGCUGAGUGCAGCAAGUGUUUCAGACAUUCUAGCAGUCUUCAACGGCAUCAUGCUAUUCACACAGAUGAUAAAGCAAAACCAUAUAAAUGUACUGAAUGUGAUAGGUGUUUCACACAAAAGGGACAGCUUAUAAACCAUCAGCACUCUCAUACAGGGAUUAAACCAUAUAAAUGUACUGAUUGUGAUAAGCGUUUUACAAAAAAGAUAUCCCUAAUAAACCAUCAAUACACCCACACAGGGAUUAAACCAUUUAAAUGUGCUGAAUGUGAUAAGUGUUUUAUACAAAAGAGAGACUUAGUGCGCCAUCAGUACUCUCACGGAGGGAUUAAACCAUUUAAAUGCACUGAAUGUGAUCAGUGUUUUAUACAAAACAAAGACCUAUUACAGCAUCAGUACUCCCACAAAGAGAUUAAAUCAUUUAAAUGUGCUGAAUGUGAUUAAGUGUUUUGCAUAAAAUCUGCAGCUAAACUUCCAUCAGAACACACACACAGGGAAUAAACCAUGUAGGUGUGCUGAAUGCAAUAAGGCCUUCAGAAGUCUCCAGUCUCUUCAAAGUCAUCUUGCUUCUCACACAGACAUCAAACCAUAUAAAUGUGCUGAGUGCAGCAAGUGUUUCAAAUAUCCCAGUAGUCUUCAGUGGCAUCAUGCUGUUCAUACAGACUGAUAUGUUGAUCAGGAAAAGAUACAGGAAUGGUUAAGGAGAGGCGAAUUUAAACCAAGAGAUGAAAGGUUAAUAUUGGUGGC